AUGGAUGGUUUGACAGCAUUACAUGUUCUUACAGUCCUCGUGCUUGUUUAUGGAUCAAACCGUAUUAGUGGUGCAGAUAAGUACCUUAACUUUGAGUUGACAUCAUCAUCAGCAAGUGAAUCUGUGAUGAUGAUUGUGAAUGCAGAACUCGAGGAUGAUGGGAUGUAUAGAUGUGACAUUUCCACAGGGACGGAUGCUAGUAUAAUCAUUGUGGUAGAAGCUGCAUCUACUAAGACAUUGACUCUGACUAGUAUUGUGACAGACAAUGAGGAUAUGUACGUAGCUACAUGUGAUGCUGUUGGAGGCAAGCCACAAGAGACUAUUACAUGGACCCUCAAUGGAGUUCCACAGACUGAUGGCAAUGGGAACACGAUAGUUGAAUCAAACCCACCAGCUACAGCACCUUUCUCUAACACAAAGAGCGUGUUCACAUUUCCUGCAACUCCAGAGAAUAAUAGACAGACCUUGGUUUGUCAAGUCUCUGGGCAUCAGAUUACAGAGCUGAAUGGAGAUAAAUCUAUAGAUUUAGAUAUUCAUGCCUCCCCAUCCGAUGCCGGUACCACUGUCACUGCAGCUUAUGAAGCCCAGGGAACAAGCAUCACAGUGUCAUGUAGUGCCCUAAAUCAACCUAGCCCAGCCAUGAGAAACUACUACAUAUUCUUCAAGAGCACACUCAUACAUGAAUCUAUGGACGGGGGCAACACUGUCUCUGUUUCAGAUCCUGGGGCGGGUACAGAGUACACGUGUAUAGCUGGCAAUUACCUUGGAAAUACAACACUAAGUGCAGCAGUACCUUAUGGCCCAAGAAGUUUCGAAAAGUCGGAGAAAAUUGUUUCUGGAGAAGGAAGAAAUGUAUCCAAUGAGGAAAACGACAACAUGGCGUAUGAGAUGAUUCAGAGCGGAGAUAGAGCAUACACAUCUCUCAAACUCGGUCCAUCCCACUCUCCCAUCAUUGCUCCUGAAAACGUGACGUUCUUCACCAGACUCGGUUCAAUCGGACGCGGUGACUUCGGCGGGGUAUGGAAGGGAGAACUCCGCUCGAAUCAAAGCCAAGUAGACGUUGCUAUCAGGCAGAUUCCAGAUCAAGUGACCAAUUCAACCAACGUUCUUCAAGCUGUCAAGGUCCUUUCUGAGCUUCCGGAUCUACCUAAUAUUGUCAAGUGCCUCGGAUAUUGUCAAGAACAAGGUGGUAUUCUGUAUGAGUUCAUCCCUGGGGGUACCCUACUCACCCAUCUACAGACCACAGGGGUGCAGUCUCAACCCACAUAUGGCAAUCUCAAACCAAAGAGGGUUCGUAUCGAUGAAGGUAGUCUACUCAACCUGGCUUGGCAAAUUGCAAAAGGGAUGCAGUAUCUUGCAUCAAAGAAGAUCAUCCAUGGAACUCUCUGCGCUCACAAUGUGUUACUAGCUGAUAGAAAGCAAUGCAAGCUAUCAGAUUAUGGACUAUCUUCAUCACUGUUUAGCGGCAGAGGUAAACCAACAAGAUGGAGUUCGCCUGAAACCAUGGUUAUUGGUGAACAAUCAACAGAAGGAGAUAGCUGGUCUUUUGGUAUCGUCUUGUGGGAAAUUGUGACAUUAGGUGCGAGGCCAUACCCUAAAAUGACCUUUGACACUGUCCAAAAGGAAGUUGCCAAUGGUUACCAGAUGCCACGCCCUCGCCAUUGUGGACAAGAAGUGUAUGCGGUAAUGACUGGUUGUUGGGAGAAGGAAGCUACAAAUCGGAGUAACUUUGAUCAGAUCCUCAAGAAUUUGGAAAGGAUUCUAGAAAAGACUCAUAAUUACCUGUCUCUCAAUGACUUGGAUGAAGGAUUGUAUGCGUCUACACUGGACAUGUGAAAAUAAGCCUUGUUCGGAUUAUGCAGCCAUACUACAAUGCAGCUACAUCUUUUACGCUGUACGAUGGUCGCAUCCGAGCCAACUAAGCUACAGUAGCAUUAUGGGGACUAACUUGCGUUAAAUUUGGCCAAGAGUGCUGAAUCAGGAUAUCGGAAAUACAUGUAUUAAAUAUGCAUUCAGUAUAUGUAUAUUUCUUAUAUUUUUGUUCAAGGUCAUUUGGUAGAAAUAAAAGAAGAAUACAAAUUAAAAGAAGUAAUAUUUAAAAUAUCUAAAGGUGGAGCUAUUAACCGAAAAAUGAAAUUAUG